CCACCCCACACCCCAUCCAAGCAAAGCCUUAGAUUCCAAAAGAACAACCAAAAAGCAGAGCUUGAUCACAGCGGAGGAGUAGGCAAUGGUGGCUCGCCGGUUCCUCGUCAGCUAUAAAGACGAUGACUUUGCCGUCGACUAUGACACUGAUGAUGGAUUCGAGGUUCUCAAAUUCCAGAUUUUUUCUCUCACGUCAGUUCCUCCGGAUGAUCAGAAGAUCGUGACAGAGGAUGAUGAUCGGGCCAUUAGCGAGUCCUCUGAUCUAGGAAUCAUCUCUGAGAAGUUGCGGGUUGUGUCUUUGGUUGGUGAAGGGGAGGGAAGUUCGAGACUUGCGGAGGGUUUUGAGAAGUCUGACGAGGAAUUGGCUCGAAUGUUGCAGGCAGAAGAGGAGGCUCUUCUCUUCCAAGAGUUUCGGGCUAAUGAAAAUAAGGAGGAGUUUGAGGGAAGGAUCAGGCCAUAUGUUUCUCAGGUCCUCUUGUAUGAGGAUCCAGGCCGGCAGGAGGCGGCAAGGAAAUCUGUGCCAGUUGAUGAAAUUGAGGAGAAGGCAUUGGUUGCUUUGGCCAAGGAGGGGAAUUUUAAACCGUUGAAGGCUGAGGUGGAUCAUUACUUUCUGCUGCAAUUAUUGUUCUGGUUUAAACAAUCCUUUAGAUGGGUUAAUUCACCACCUUGUGAUAAUUGUGGUAGCGGAACCAAUGACAAUGGAAUGGGUACUGCACUUCCUUCUGAAGCGAAAUAUGGAGGAUUUCGAGUUGAACUUUAUAAGUGUAAUUGUUGUUUGACUAUAACUCGUUUUCCACGUUACAAUGAUCCACUGAAGCUUCUGGAAACUAGGAGAGGGCGUUGCGGAGAGUGGGCCAAUUGUUUUACACUCUAUUGCCGAGCUUUCGGCUAUGAAUCUCGUUUGAUACUGGACUUCACUGAUCAUGUGUGGACCGAGUGUUUUUCAAAUUUCUUGGGGAGAUGGAUGCAUCUUGAUCCAUGUGAAGCCGUAUGUGAUAAUCCUCUGUUAUAUGAGAAAGGCUGGAAAAAGAGUCUGGAUUAUGUAAUUGCCAUCUCAAAGAAUGGAGUUUAUGAUGUCACGAAGCGAUACACAAGGAAGUGGCAUGAGGUUCUGUCACGAAGAAACCUGACAACAGAAGAUGUCGCCUCUGCUGUUCUUUCUUCUAUUACAAAUGAAUGUCGUAGUAGAUAUUCAUCUGAAGAACUUAGAGCACUUGAAAAUCGUGAUUGUAAGGAAGCAGAAGAACUAGAGAAAGAGGUCCAUCUUCUAGUGGAUGCUUCUGUAUCACUUCCAGGGAGACGAAGUGGGGCCUCUGAAUGGCGAAUGGCAAGAUCUGAAUUGGGCACUACUGACUCUUUAAGUUCUUCUGCAUGCCCAGUCAGAUUAUGUGUGGAUAGCCAUGUCAAAAGCAUUUAUAAUGCUUUAUCUCUUUUUAUAUGCCAUGCUAUAGAUAAUGAGCUUUCAAAAGCAGAAUCCUUGCAAAUUCUAAAGAUUCUGAAAGGCAUGCUGGAGAAUCUUAGAGCAUCUCCUUUCAAGUCCCGGAAAUCUUUCUUAAAUUUAAAGGGAAUGCAAUCUACCAAAAAGAUGAUGCCUUGGAUCAAGGAAUUACUCUCUGCUAUUUCCUUAAAGGGAGAAUUGGAUGAUACAGACCAAGUGCGUGUUCUCCUGGCUUGUGAUCCAGUUCAAACUUCCAUAUCUUUACCGGUGGCAUCAGAUGCAGUUGAUGAAAUAAUUGACAUUCUUAAUGGUGUUACAGAAAUGAAGAAAAGUACUUUCCAAUUUCCUAAACUCAAUAGAUUAUUUUCUGGUUCAGUUCUUGCCAGUGGUGAGGAGCUUCCCUUUGGUAUUGCUACAUCAGCAUUUGACGGUAUCCGCACGUCUAAAUGGGAAGAACCUAAUGGUGCAAAAGGAUGUUGGCUGUUAUACCAGUUGGAUAAUGACCAAAUGCAUGAUCUUGACUCCUAUGACUUGACUUCAGCUAAUGAUGCCCCAGAGAGAGAUCCCAUGAACUGGAUUGUCGAGGCAAGCAAAGACAAAGGUCAAAGUUGGGAUAUUUUAGAUGAACAAAAUUCUCAAAUAUUUGAUAAGCGCUUUCAGCGAAAAUCAUUUCAAGUACAAUCAGUGCACAAGUAUAAUCUAUUCAGAUUUCGCUUUCUUGCUGUCAGAGAUCCUGAAGCAACUUCUAGGUUCCAGAUAGGAAGCAUCGACCUGUAUGCGCGAGCCAGCUAGUCAUACUUCUACUUUCGAUAUAUACACAAACUUUAUGGAUUCAUUAGCAGGGACUGGAGGUGAUGAUCUUUCUCCAUCGUAUCUCCCAAUUAUAAUGAGAUGAAUGCGAGUCAUUUAUACUUGUGCAAGGCAAAAUUGCCAAAUAUAUAUGUACAUACCUCCAUUACUUUAUCAGAGGAGUAUAUGUUCAACUGAAGUCAUGUUUGGUCAA